AUGGCGGCGGCGAAUAAACAAAUCGCUGUUUCCGAUGAGUUGAACUAUGAAACCUGGGCUCCAAUCGCGCAAAAAAGACUAGAGGAGAAUGGAGUUUGGGAUGUUGUUGUAAACGGAGUCCCAUCGGAUCCGACGAAGAUUCCAGAGUUAGCAGCGACUAUCAAGGCCGUAGAUCUUGCCCAAUGGAGAAACCGUGUGAUCAAAGACAUGAAGGCGCUGAAGAUAAUGCAAUCUUCUCUCCCGGAUUCUGCUUUCAGGAAGUCCCUCUCGGUUGCUUCGGCCAAGGCUCUCUGGGAUUUGCUCAAAAAAGGUAACGAAGAAGCGAAACUCCGUAGAUUAGAGAAGGAAUUCGAGAAUCUUACAAUGCAUUACGGAGAAUCGAUGGAAUGUUACUUGAAGAGAGUUUGGGAUAUCCUUGAUCGGCUCCGUAUUUCACGGAUUGAGAAAUCCGAUGAUGAGCUUGUCAAAAAGCUCUUGACCUCAUUGUCACGAGAAUACGAUGAUGCAAUUCCUGUGUUGAAUGAGUUCAUGGAGAUGCCGGAUAUGACUUAUAGAGAUUUGCUUACAAUGUAUGAACGAUAUGGAGAUCCUCCAAAAGCUAUGCCUCGCAUGGUGAAGGAUUUCUGUGUAAGUCUCGCUGAGGAGAUGUGGUGUGGAUUUUGCAAGAAGCACAAUCACAACGAAGAAGACUGCUAUUACAACAACCCCAUGGCAAGGAACUCGAGUGGAGGAGCCAGGAGAUUUACUGGCCAAUGCCAUCAUUGUGGAGAAAGAGGGCACUAUGCAAGACAUUGCAGCAGCACAAGGAAUCAGCAACAAGCUCAGAAGGAUCAGAAGAGUAACGUGAAGUUUGAUGAGGAUAUGUGGAUGAUAUACUCGACUGCCACGAGUCACAUGACUCCAUAUGUGAGGUUUUUCACGACUCUAGACAGAACAUUCAGGGAUGGUGUAUCGUUGGCAAGCGGAAAGGUUGUCAUGGCUGAAGGGAAAGGAGAUGUCAGUAUCAUCCAUAAGGGAGUGAAGAAGACGAUCAAGAAUGUGCUUUUCGUUCCAGGGAUUAACAGAAAUGUGUUGAGUGUUGGUCAGAUGACGUCAAGAGGGUAUACAGUAACAAUGGGAGGUGGUGAGUGCGUUAUUAAGGAGAAGAAUGGUAAAGUUUUUGCUAAAACCAUAUGGGAAGAGAGAGGCUUUGCUCUGCGUUUGCAGGUGAUUCAUGGGUAA